AUGCCUUCUGGUCAGCGCAACAAUGGCCCGAGCCCUAUGGUUCCAAUGAUGAUGCAAAGUUUUGACACAAUGUUCCAGACCUUGAUGGAGCCAAAUCCUCGUGGAUACAGGGGAUAUGGAGAUGAUCCAUUCCAUGCUCAAUCGUCUACCUCUCCUGACUGGCUCGAGGACGACCACCUCACGGGCCAUCACCCAGGUCUAUCUCCCCGCAAUGCAGAUGGGCCGCAGCCUAAUAACCGCAAUCCGACAGACCUAGCUGAAAUCAUGGAGGCCAUUCGUGCUGACAUUGGGCUUCAAACUACCCGACGCGGACGUGGAGCUCGUGGCCCAGCAAGCCCACAUGCCCUGUCAAUAUUGUCGGCCAUUCUUAACAUGAGUCGAAGCGAUGACGCAGUAUAUUCCCAGGAGGAGCUUGACCGAGUCAUCACACAACUGAUUGAGAAUACCGGAGGGACCAGCACUGCAGCACCCCCAGCAUCUGAUGCUGCCGUCCAAGCUUUACCGAGAAAAAAGGUCAAUGAAGAGAUGAUGGGAGCUGAAGGGAAAGCAGUGUGUUCCAUUUGUAUGGAUAAUGUCGAACUCGGCUUAGAGGUCACUGUGUUACCAUGCACGCACUGGUUUCAUUUCAACUGCAUCCAUGCAUGGCUGACCCAACAUGACACUUGUCCGCAUUGCCGGCGCAGCAUCAAUUCAAAUGUAGCAGGCGGAGAAGGCACUUGUGAGAAUCCGUUCUUCUCGCACUGUGCGCAGCGGUCAAUCCUCGCUAUCUUCAUUCCCGAGCCGACUUUCCCCACGAAUUUCACCGCGUCGGUCCCCUACGCCCGAGGGGGGGCAUACCAGCAAUCGACGGUCUAG